AUGGCAGCCAAACCCAAGCUGUGCUACUUUCAAGGUAGGGGCAGGACAGAGUCGAUCCGCUGACUGCUGGCUGCAGCUGGAGUGGAGUUUGAAGAAGAAUUUAUUGAAACAAGAGAACAGUAUGAAAAGUUGAAGAAUGAUGGACACCUGCUUUUUGGCCAAGUGCCUAUGGUUGAAAUUGAUGGAAUGGUGCUGAUGCAGACUAGAGCCAUCCUUAGCUAUCUCGCUGCCAAAUACAACCUGUAUGGGGAGGACCUAAAGGAGAGAGUCAGGAUUGAUGUGUAUGUUGAUGGCACCCUGGGCCUAAUGAUAAUGGUGGUGUUGGCUGUGUUCAAACACCCUGAGGAAAAAGAGAAGAACCCUGUUUUAAUUGUGAAGAAAGCUAAAACCAGAUACUUCCCCAUCUUUGAAAAGGUAAAUUUUGAAAACCGUGGAGAGGAUUUUCUCAUUGGCAACAAAUUCAGUUGGUCAGACAUACAACUGCUAGAAGCUGUUUUAAUGGUGGAAGAACCCAAUGCUUCUAUUCUUUCUGACUUCCCUCUGCUAAAGGCAUUUACAACAAGAAUCAGCAACAUCCCUACUAUUAGGAAGUCCUUGCAGCCUGGGAGUCAGAGGAAUCCACCCCCGGAUGACCACUUUGUUACACUGGUCAGGAACAUUCUGUAG